GUUUACCACCGCCGACUCGCCGAGCCGUUCAAACAUAGAAGGGCAAAGGGAGCGAUCACGGGCCAAGAAAGCGAAACCGCGGCCGGCCGGGCUAAACCCUGGGCCACUAGCCAUGACGAGGCCGCAUUGCGCGGCUACUUCGCUUUCCCCUUCGUCUCGGGUGGGCUCCUCCUCCCUCUCCUGCGUCUCCUCCUCCGCGUCCUCCUCCUCGGGCUCCUGCUACGUGCCGGCGUCGUGGCCGCCGAAGUGCGGCAGCAAGAAGAAGAGGAGCAACCGCAGGAGGGCCAAGAACGGCACCGGCGGCAGUGCCGACGCCGUCGUCCCGAGGAGGAACAGCUCCAUCUACAGGGGCGUCACCUGGCACCGGGUCUCGGGGAAGUUCGAGGCGCACCUGUGGGACAGGCAUGCCCGGAGUCCGGCCAAGAACAAGAAGGGCAAGCAAGUUUAUCUUGGAGCUUUUGACAGUGAGGAGGCAGCAGCCCACACCUACGAUCUUGCAGCGCUCAAGUACUGGGGCUCAGACUGCAAACUCAACUUCACACUGGAAUCGUACAAGCAGGAGCAUGAGAGGAUGCAGCGCAUGACAAGGGAAGCGUACCUGGCCACUCUGCGGCGCAGGAGCAGCUGCUUCUCGAGAGGCGCCUCCGAGUACAGGGGAGUGGCCAAGCACCACCACAAUGGCAGGUGGGAGGCCAGGAUAGGCUAUGCUAACGGCAAGAAGUACCUCUACUUGGGGAUAUUUGGGACCCAGGAGGAGGCAGCCCGGGCCUACGACCUCGCAGCUCUGGAAUUGCGGGGCCACGCCGCGAUCACCAACUUCGACAUCAGCAGCUACGCGGACUACCUGCAGCCGCCGCCGGUGUCCAAGGCCCAGGCGAGGUCGGCUCUGAAGCCCAAGGCCGAGCCCGUGGACGAGGCGCCGUUGCUGCCCACCAAGACGGCGACGGGGUGGACGACGCCGCUCCUGACCCCGAAGCCUGAGCCCGAAGACGAGGAGGUGGAACCCCUUGUGGCGGCGCUGCCGCCCGGUCCGGUGCUUCGCGACGUGGACCACGCCAUCGCCGAGAUGCCGCCCGGUCCGGUGCUUCGCGACGCGGACGACGUGGACCACGCCAUCGCCGAGAUCCUGCCGGCUCUCGGCAUGGACCCCGCCGACUUCGAGGCCCGAUACCCCGCCCGCGCGCUCGGCUGGCUGCCCGACGACGACCAUCACCAGCUGCGCGCCCUGCCGCUGCCGGACGCCGGGCGCUUCGAGGACGACAUCGAGACCCUGUUCGACGCGCCCGGCUCGGCUGGCCCUGGCCAGGGCGAGGUCGUCCACGUCCAACUCCCCGCCGCCGUCGAGCCUGACGCUUCCGGAGCCGACGCCGUCUCCUACGCGGCCGCCACGAUCAGCUCGCUGGCGUCCGGGCGCUGGUGGUGAUCCGCGGCGCGGGCGUCCCGUCCUGUGCGCGCGCGCGCGCUCCGUGCCUCCGCCGACGGCCGUGUAAUUACGUGACAACGUGUCGGUUCCUGGGGGUUUGGGUGGCAUUUUGGUUUGGUGGCGGGCGAUAAGCAUGUUUUUUUUUUUUAGCCUGUAGAAAUGCUGCGGCGUGGCAGCUCUCGCUCUCGAUCCUUUUGGGGUGUGUGCAAGUGGGAGGCCGGGAGGGCUCGAGCUUUUGGGAUGAUCCACAGUGGAAGCCAUGGUAACUUGUAACUUGUCGGCUAACGGCGCACGCACUACGCUGCUACAUCCGGCUGCCCAAGUUGGAUGCCGUGACAACGGUGCGUGCGGUGUGAUUGAUGCGAUGCACAUGCUUUGCUUGUAGUUGCUGCUAGCUAAGCUAGAUACCGAUCAACCGAAAUGACACGUUUCUGCUGCUCCAUUUCGUGUGCUUUUGAAUGUGUGUUCGUGUCGAGUGACCUCCCUAUGUGGCUCUGUAGACUGGCUCUCUCGUUGAGUAGAUCAACUCGACCAAAAUGCGUAGAACGUCCGGAGUUCUUCCGAGAGAGUUAUGAACUAGGAAAACCGGUUCGUCUGCGUAGUUCGAGCAAAAAAAACCGGUCAGACCGGGUUGCUAGGGUGGUUAGACCGGUCAGACCGGGUUGCUAGGGUGAUUAGACCGGUUUGGUCCGUGCAGUACGAGUUAUGAGUUGUAUUUUGA